CAAAUUCAAAUCAGUUCUUUAUUGGAACUAAUUUCUUUAGUAUUAAUGUAAAUUUCCCCUUCAAUUUUUUUAAUCAAAAUGAAUGUGCGCAAUUAAUUUUGUUAAUAGAACAUUUGACAACCAUAUCAUACUUUUCAUUUUGUUAAAUAUAUUUUUUAUUCUCUUUGUAAAUAGCAUUGAAGCAAUGAAUCAUUGAACUUUUUACCAAGGCAAAAUUCGCAUGCUUAUAGGUUGCCAUAUUAGAGUAUGCACGUUACAUUCAACGCUGCUCGGUAAAUGCACUGAAGCAUAACCCACGGUAAUGGCUAAGGCUAAGGUAACCACCCCAUGUUUCCAACACCCAACUGAAUAAAACCGCCCAAUUCAAACUUCCCUGUCCCAUAAUCUAGUAACUGCCAACACUCCUACAUAAGCAAGACAUCCACCAGUUUUUCACUUUUUUUUCUCUUUCAAAUCUUCAUUGUCUCUUCCGCUGUCUUUUUUAUUCUGAAAAUGAACGAAAACAUUGUUUCUGAUCCUGGGUUUCGGUUCCCUUCUUCUCCUGCGCAACAUAACAUUCCGGAUUUGCAUUCUUCGUCAAGCUAUGGUGUGAAUUAUGAUCCAAAUCCCCGCAAGAAAAGGUCCAAAUUGAUAAAGAUCGAUGAUGGUCCAUUCCCAACUAGUUCUAGCACCGUUUCCAGGCCUAAAUAUACCAGAAAACCUGACCCUGCUGCACCAAAGAUUACGCGGCCUUGUAGUGAAUGUGGGAAGAAGUUUUGGUCGUGGAAAGCACUUUUCGGACACAUGCGAUGUCACCCUGAACGACAGUGGCGUGGAAUUAACCCUCCUCCUAAUUAUCGCCGUCCUGUUUCCCCUGUUAAGCAGACGAAUAAUGUCGAGGCCUUGAUGACUGAGGAGGAGAAUGAGAUUGCAGCGUCCUUACUGAUGCUGGCUAAUGGUGCUAUUGCUAGUGAGAGCGAAUGUGGUAUAAAUUAUAAACCUGGGGUUCAAGACAAUGAUGAUUUUGGCGCAAAUUUGGGUGCAAAUUUCCGGUUUGAAUGCUCAAGUUGCAAGAAGGUUUUUGGGUCACACCAAGCAUUGGGGGGCCACAGGGCUAGUCACAAGAAUGUGAAGGGCUGUUUCGCCAUAACAAGAAGUGAUGGCUACGAGGUUGAGGAUCAGUGCGUCGAUCAUAAUGGCUUGGUUAAUGUAAAUGUGGAAGAUAAUAGUAAGUUGAUGAUGGUUUUGGGGCAUACGUGCAGCAUUUGCUUGAGGGUGUUCUCUAGUGGUCAAGCCUUAGGUGGGCAUAAGAGGUGCCAUUGGGAGAAAGGGGAUGAGACAUCACUGAACCAAGGACUCGACCUUGUAGCAGCAAGGGAAGAUUGCGGUUUGGACCUGAAUUUGCCUGCUCCUGUUGAAAAUGAUUCAUCUUCUUUUUCUUCAGGCCUAGCUUUGGAUUUGAGGUUAGGUCUCUAAAGAAAGCUUGAGUUCUUUUAUCAGGCAUCUCUGCUAAAGUUGUACGUGACUUGUAACCUAGGAUUAGAAUUAUUCUGUAUACCGGAUAUUUGACAGUGUAUUUAUUUUAUCCAAAUUAAAAUGUUCAAUAACAUUAACUUCAAUUUUAUUUGUUUAAUUCUUUACUUCAUCAAAUUGAAUGAUUGAGUAAAUAAUAGUUUUUUAAUCCUCCGAACACUCCCUUUGCUUUGGUUGGUCCAAUAUUGUACAACCUGAGUUCAGAGGAGCUCUUAGAAAAUGUUCUUUUUUAACGAGUAAUCAGACCUAAAUCAAAACUGAAAAAGGCUUCAAUGGAGCAUGUUAAUGUACACAACUUAUUUUUAGAGCAAGCAUAUCCUCAUGCUUCAUUGAAGCCUUCUCCAGUAGUGUAGUCGAUUUGGACUGAUGACAUUUAAUAGUGAUUCCUGUUCCAACAUGGAUAAGGCCUUUUCACUUGAAUUAGAGUGUUUUGAUGGUUUAUUAUAUAGAGGCUUAGAUACAUCGAUCAAGUACAUGCACUUAAUAAUACCAUAGUUAUUCAUCCUAGGAAUCCUAAACACCAACAACUAACAAUAUGGACAUACAUGAACUCCUAAAAACACCAGAUCAUGAGCCAUUUAAACACAAUGAUAGGUAAUGAUAAUUUUUCAAAAUUAAAAUUCAACAAGAGGCAACUUAAGAUCGGCGUUUUAACCUUCAAAAAGUUAUGUUUUUUAGUAUAAAAAAGAGAACGUUAAUAAAAUUUUUAG